GGUAUUACAGAAGAGGAAUAGAAUAUUACACUGUGGCAGUUGUUGAAUACUUGGGAGUAAUAGAGAAGAACAAGUGUUUUACAUGUAUAGCCACACCAAAGGUCCAUUCAAAAGCUUCACCUGAAGGAAGAUCAUCAACAAUUCUGCUAACAAAGUACACAAAACCACAGUCAAUCCACAGUGCCAUGAGGCUAAGUUGUUGUGAUAAAAAAUGCCUUGAAAUGUUUUCAUACAUCGAUAUAAAGAAUAGCAGAACCUUAUUUUGGAGUAAAUCUGUACAAAAUCAAAAUAGAUUUGUCUUAGAGAAGUUUAGAUGUGGCCAAUACAAGAAUGGAAAGUGGAGUUUUUUUGAAGCUGGGGAAAAAAUAUGCGCUAAGGCCUUCAAAGGGCUGUUAAACAUGAAUAAAAAUAGAUUUAAUAAACUCAGAAAGAAGUUUAGUGCAGGCUACAUAAGUUGUGAGCCGAAUAAUAGACAACGUUCUGUUAAGUAUUUGGAGGCGAUGAGCUGGCUGGAAACUUAUGCUUUCUACAGAGCUGAUGACUCGCCUGAUUCUUCCAAAAAAUUGCUGCCAUACAAAACUAGGAAGAUAUCAGUGUACAGGAAUUAUGUUGAUGAGAGAAGAGAGAUGAACAUGGCAAAAAUCAAAAAGUCUACAUUUUUCAAGAUGUGGAAUACAGAUUUUCCAGACUUGAGAAUCAAAGAAGUAAAUUCUUUUUCAAGAUGUACGAAAUGUACAAGCAUUGGGCGUCAGCUGGAAAAAACGUCAUUAAGCAUCAACAGAAAGAAGGCUUUAUUGUUAGCAAGAAAUGAACAUAACCACCGUCAGAUGAUGGAAAGGCAGUAUUACUACAAGAAAAGAGAGGCAGCGAAAAGAGCACCAACAAAGUUUUUAAGCGUCAUUGUGGAUGGCAUGGAUCAAUCGAAGAGUAACCUGCCACAUUUUGUAGGAAGGACAGCAAAGGCAGUAAAUUCUGCUGACCAGUUAAAAACUCACAUUUCUGGAGUAAUUGCCCAUGGUCAAAAUGAAUUUUUUACGUUUCUUGACAUUGGGCAAUAUCCCCAUGACUCCAACUUGACGAUCAACAUUAUUCUCCAGAUACUCUUCAAAAUAAAAGAUAUAAUGGGAGGAAAAUUGCCACCCACAUUUUAUUUACAGGCAGAUAACUGUUGGCGUGAAAACAAGAACAAAUUUGUGCUUGCAUUUUGUGAAUACUUAGUGCAUAUAAAAGUCUUCAGGGAAGUUCAUCUAUCGUUUUUGAUGGUUGGCCACACGCAUGAGGAUAUUGAUGCUUGUUUCAGUAAAGUGGCCGAUAAAUUGCGGAGAAAUGAUGCCGAAACACUAGAUGAUCUUAUUGAGCUACUUCCAAAUGUCAAGGUCAUCAACUUCAUAUAUGACUUUCGGACGUGGAUUCAAAACAGUAUAUGCGAUUUGAGAAAACAUACUCGUCCCCUUCAUUUUAAGUUUAGAAGCAACGAGUCUCUAGUGGAAACAUUUUAUAAAGGAAAGUAUGACUCUCCUUGGAAGAAACUUGAAGGAGGUAUAAUGGCUCGAAACAACCAGCAAAAAAUUAUCAGCAUUCGAGGCAGUCCAAAACUGUCUCCAAUUAACUUCGAUGGAAUUGGUUUAGAAAGAAUAUCAAGCCAGUUAAAGCAUUGGAAAUGUUUAUUCAGUGAUCAGAUUGAUCAGACCCAAUAUCAUUGGUGGGAACGUUUUCUCAAGCUAUGGAAGAAAUGUGAGGAAAAUUCUUCUGAACGUCGCAGGCUAUUUUUUGCGAAUGCACAAUGGAUUCUUCCAAUGCUACCCAAACAGUUGAGUCAUGAUGAAAACGAAGAAGAGAACCUACUGCCAGACACAAUACAGAACAUGAUGAAUGAUGAGCUUAUUGAACCUGUUGUUUUGAGCAAGUAA